AUGGCUGAUCCCUUGUAUGAGCUUCUCGCUCCAUACUUCCAUUCUUCAAAGCCUGAGACUCAAGCUCCAAAGGCCAUUGACGGCACCACAGGUAAAUAUCUGAAUCGGCUGUCGACCCUACCUCUGAGCGCUCUCAGCUCUUCCGAAGAUGAUUCCCUGGCCCAGUCUUCACACACGAACCUACUAUCCCUCCAGGCCCUGUCCGCUCGUUCAAACGCAGCUAUAGUCCUCUCCGCAGACCAUCACUCGAAUCUUAGCGAAAAUCUGCCCAAAGUAGUUGAAAAAUCCGAGGUGCUGCGCCAUGAUGUACCCAAAUUGGACGAAGAGGCGGUAGGCUUCUCAGGGAAAUAUAGCAGGAGUACGGAGAAUGAGAUACUCAACAAACGAAAGAUGGCGCUGCUGAUGGCUAGAAAUGUGGAUAGGCUUUCCGACAUACUCGAUCUACCAACACUGCUCUCCUCCACUAUUUCAUUUUCGACCCUUCAAGGGGCUUCGAAUGCCAACAGCUUUGCGUCUGCAUUGGACCUGCACUCUCAUAUCAAGAGACUCCAUCUAUUUUAUCAAGACUCUCAACUCGUUGCCUUAAUUUAUCAGCAAACAGACGAGGCCAUGCAAGAAAUGACAUCCAACCUCAUAGCAAGUCUCAAGUUACAGAACAUCAAAUUGGCUGCCGGCAUGCGAACCAUCGGCUGGCUUAGAAGAAUCGUACCUGAACUAGAUGCAUCCCUAAACAACAAGGAGGGUAACCUUGGGGCCCUCUUCCUCGUGUGCCGAUUGGCAACAUUGACUUCUACCCUUGCUGCCCUAGAACCGUUGAGCGACUUAGCAGACCAAGAAACAGCCCUCCGAGAGCGCGAUGGCAAGCUCAGUAGACCCAGCACUACCAAAGACUAUUGGACUCAGGGUCAGCAAACAGAAAAGUAUCUUAAAAGAUACAUCGAGAUUUUUCGGGAACAGUCAUUUGCAAUCAUCUCGAUGUAUAGAAGCAUCUUUCCAUCAGCACAUGAAGCAGCAGCCUACAAUAGGUCGGCUCUGAAUGUUAAGACUCCGGGAUUACAGUCUAUAGAUUCAAUACGGAUGGGCAACGAAUCCCAAAUAUCAGCUUCGUUCAGUACCUUACCGUCGGCUCUUGCCACAUUUCCUAUGCAUCUUAUUGAUCUACUCUCCUCGACACUCAAGCAAUAUCUGCCCAAUCUACGCGACAAGUCGUCUCGGGAGAGCCUUCUGACUCAAGUACUCUACUGUGCGGGUAGCUUAGGCAGAUUGGGGGGCGACUUCAGCAUGCAAUUAGCCACAUUGGCUAUCGACAUUGAGGACGACGAUGAGGACGACGAUACGGAGACACAAUGGAUCACGGUCAUGAAGAAACAUCGCGAGCUCGCUAAGAAGCUCGAGAAAAUGGCUAGCGGUGCGAGUUGA